GACAUCUUUGAACCACAACGCGACGCGACUGGUCGCAAAGGAAUUGGCGGGGAGCGAAAGAGCAGCGGCCGCCUCGACUCCCACAACCCCAAGCAUGCGCCGAUACCUAUCGGACUGGACUAUCGAAAGUGGAGAGCUUCAUUGAACAAAUACCCAAUUCGCCUAGUUAUAGAACGGCGGGAGGAAGGUGAGGUGUCAAGCUUAGCGAUCAGCCGUUGGAAAGUGGGCUUCAAAUACUACUCCUUGCGGCAAUAGCGAGUUCAAACCUCCCAGUUUGCCUACACUUAUCCAUAUUCGUCAAGAUUGUCACUUAUUCAACCAGCUUCGGUGACAAGAUAAGCUACUGGCACCAUACCAUUAGCCACCUAAGAGCCAGAGCAUCACAAUGGACAAGGACCUCGACAGCCGUUUUGGGCGGCUUGAAGUAGCUCUCGCCAGCAUGGUCGACUCCCUCACCAAGAACAACCCAUCCGAGAAGCUAGCCGAGGACCUUGUCGCAGCCGAAGCCAACCUCCUCGAGGGCCUCAGACUACUCGAGAAGCAUCAGAACAACCAUGCGCGCAUCCAGCAGCUACGGCAGGAAACCUCUUUGCUCGAUACCCAGAUAAAGGACACCCUCAGCUCGCUGUGGAACAUGCGCAAGGAGCUAAAAGCCGUGCCCGUCACAACCUACCCGCCCAACAAGCCCAAAUACCAAUUCACCGCCGACGAGCUGCUCAACUACGCCCGGCGCAUCAGCCGGAACACAUUACCUCCACCAGGCGUAACCAACGGCGUCGACCUGGGCGCCCCGACUCCCGCGCCAAACGCCUCGCAACACACCCUCACACAAUCACAAAUACAACCCUCCGAACAGCCAGACGACUCAUUCCACCACACCCAAAGCCAGACCCAAACUCCCAACACAAGCUUCAACUUCAGCUUCAACGGCACGGUCGGCACCCCGAACCCGAUGCCCAGCACGCCCAUACCCACCACCGCCUCCGAAUCCGCAACACAACAACAACAACAACAACAACAACACCAAACACAACAAUCUCAAACAUCAACAACAACGCAAACAACCCUCCCAGCCCACCUCCAACCCGCCAUCAACCCGCUGCACAACGCCAGCUUCUACCCCUGGCCGACCGAGGACAAGAUCCGUGUCGGCGCGCUGGCAACAAUCCAGCGGCUGGCUGACAGCGGGAUUGACCCGCGCGGAUACGAUCCGGCUGAGGAAGCCGAGAGGCGACGACGGCGUGAGGAGGAAGAAGAAGAAGCGGAGGAGGUGCAGGCGCGCAAGGCGGCUGAGGAGCGGGAGCGGGAGCGGGAGCGGGAGCGGGAAAGACAACGAGAGCGCGAAAGGCAGCAGCAGGCUGCGCCGGGACCGGGGCCGGGGGCAUUGGAGAGGAGGGAGAGUACGGCUGCGGGUGGUGGGGGUGGGGGUGGUGUUAGGGCGCCGAAGCAGUUUACGUUUCUUGGUGGGGAUGAUGAUGAUGAGGAGGAGGAGGAUGAGGAAUAG